AUGAACAUCAAGGCCAUCCACGGACAGGAGGUCAACAGUGUGGGGUUUUUUUCUUGUGUUCCCCCUAUUUAUGCUUCACCAUGCGUUGCAAUUUAUAUAUUAGUGAGGCAGUCUUUAUGUACCGUAGGCGCCAAUGCCUCUGCUUUGGAGAAAGAGAUUGGUCCGGAUCAGUUUCCUAUGAACGAACAUUACUUCGGCUUGGUUAAUUUUGGAAAUACCUGCUACUGUAACUCGGUCCUCCAGGCCCUUUACUUCUGUCGCCCAUUUCGGGAAAAGGUGUUGGCCUACAAAGUCCAGGCCCGCAAAAAGGAGACCCUUCUGACCUGCUUGUCGGACCUCUUCAACAGCAUUGCCACCCAGAAGAAGAAAGUGGGGGUCAUCCCCCCCAAGCGGUUCAUUUCCCGGCUGAGGAAAGAAAACGAGCUGUUUGACAACUAUAUGCAGCAGGAUGCACACGAAUUCCUGAACUAUCUGUUGAACACAAUUGCGGACUUGCUACAAGAAGAAAAAAAGCAGGAGAAACAGAAUGGCAAACUCCAGAACGGAAGCAUUGAGAGUGAUGAAGGGGAGAAGACCGAGCUCACGUGGGUCCAUGAAAUCUUCCAGGGAACACUGACAAACGAAACUCGCUGUUUAAACUGUGAAGCUGUGAGCAGCAAAGACGAAGAUUUUCUAGACCUGUCGGUUGACGUGGAACAAAAUACAUCAAUCACACACUGCUUGAGAGGGUUCAGUAACACCGAGACGCUGUGCAGCGAGUACAAGUACUACUGUGAGCAGUGCCGGAGUAAACAGGAAGCACAAAAGAGGAUGCGAGUGAAAAAGCUGCCCAUGAUUCUCGCUCUGCACUUGAAAAGGUUCAAGUACAUGGACCAGCUGCACCGGUACACCAAACUUUCCUACCGCGUGGUCUUUCCCCUGGAGCUUCGACUCUUCAACACAUCAGGAGAUGCUACGAACCCAGAUCGAAUGUAUGAUCUCGUGGCUGUGGUGGUGCAUUGCGGCAGUGGUCCAAAUCGUGGGCAUUACAUCACCAUCGUGAAGAGCCACGGAUUUUGGUUGCUCUUUGAUGAUGACAUCGUAGAGAAAAUCGACGCUCAAGCCAUUGAAGAAUUCUAUGGAUUGACCUCAGACAUUUCCAAAAAUUCGGAAUCUGGAUAUAUUCUUUUCUAUCAAUCAAGAGACUGAGAUGGCGUGUUUUUGGAACACCUUGUGCAGAUCAGAAGGGAUCGAGGCUGUGCCCAGAAAGGACAACCGAGGGAUGGCAGAACUGAUUCCUCCUGGCUAUUGUGGGCAAUUUUCAGGAAAUCAAGGAGUGCGUUUUCUGGAGGAGAACAGUCCGGAGCAAGAAUGCAUUUCACUUUGAUUUUCUUUCUAGGCUAUUUUAUACUUGCUAACUUCCAAAUUUUUUUACCUCUACUUGAAACCUGGCUGCUUAACUCUUCAAGAACCAAGAAAGUGAUUUUUAAAGUAACAUUGUAAAAAUCUGUUCACUGUUUGGUCCUGGCUUAAGACACUUUUUUGGUUUCCGUUAUUGCCAUUUUUCUGUAUUCUAACAGAACGAUUUCCCCUCCGGUAUUGGCUGAAUUCCUGUCCUCUUUUGGGACUCAAGCAGAGGAAAGUUGAUGUCAGUUGCAGUUUUGGUAAUUCAAAGACUGCAGCCAGCUUAAGUCAUCCCGGAAGCUUCGUGGUUUAAUUUU